AUGGGAGGGUCGGCAAUAGGCGCCAGUGAUUGUCCCAGCGCCGGAAUGGCAGGACCUUGCUGGGUCGACGACAUCGACAGCCGAGGAGGGAGCGACAGGUGUUUGCUAAGGACGACACCAUGGAGCGCAGGGUAUCUGUUCAUGAAUUUGAGAUGCAUGAGUGUGAUUGAUUUACCCAAUGCCCAUGGAUUUCAUAACCCAAGAACAUCUCGCACUCAACUUGCUUGCUAUGUCUACGUGGUUCUCAUAUCCAGAUUAAUCAAGAAAUCGAAUCUCAUCUUCAAUUUAAGGAACAUUGGAUGCCUGGAUGUGAGUUGUUGGAUCCCCGAUGUUGGAGAGUUUCCCGAUUUCUUAUACGAAAAGGGUGGACAUCCUUCCGUUCGAGUUUCUAUACAUGUGCAGCAGGUGAUGGGGAUGAUGUUUGUAGAGUCUUGGGUUAUAAACCAAUGUGGCCUGGAGUGCAGGAUCAUGGAAGCUGCUAUAUGUUUCAAGAGCUGUAAGGUUUUGGAGUGGAAGAUCCUUGCCAGCUUGAAAACAGAAGAGUCUGCUCAAAGGAAGAUGCUGUGGUUUCAGUAUUAGAUUGUUCCAUUCUAAUAUCUUCAUGUACAUCUUAGGGAUAGGGGUCCAGAUUUGUAUAAAUUGUCCUAUGUUUUUAUGAGUUUAAACUGGUUGUAGUUUGCUCUCAUGUGGAGCUUUUUUUUUAUGAAAUAAAGCCUG